AUGGUGAAAUCUCCAGGAACGUCGCCAGAACGAAAGAAAGCGAAAAUUGAUGUGUAUCCAAUGAUAGUGAAAGACCCACAGGCUCGAGAAAUUAACGAAACACAUCUCUUGAAUUAUACAACUGCACUGUCAAGUUUCGAAACUCCAACUGAGGAACAACUUCUGGUAAUUGAAGGCGAUACAUUCCGUCAUCAUCCAAACGAAGAUGUGGAACAAUAUUUUAGAGCUAGUGCUCAAUGGGGAGUUCCCGCUAUCGCAUGGAAUAUUGUCCGGCCGGCGUUUCUCUGGAAACUGGAGUUCUGCAUCACUGAGUUUAUGAAUGUGGAGAAGAAAAAGAAAGAAGCUGCCGCUGAAAAAGCCGCCUCACAGGCAAACAACGAAGUUGAAAAAGCAGUUGAACCACCAGUGAAAGAGAAAAUGUCUAUUUUAGGACACAAAAUCAAUUUGAUUAAAACUACUCCAGUGGUUUUCAACACAGAAGAAUCGAUGGAAUUCGUACUCGAUAAAGCGAAAUCAUUCGACGGAUUCCCAUUUACGUGGCAACGACUCUGCGAGUUGCUCACUGAACCAAUGAAACACUACAACACUAUUGACAAAUUCUUGCGCGCUGUCGAUAAGGUUAUAAAUGUUGUCACAACAAUAAAUGAGCACGGUGGUCGAUCAUUCGGUGAUUGGGAAGUUCCACACAGCCAUCAACAAAAUGUUGAGAAUCUUUUCUUCGGUGCAGUGGAUGAAGUAGAAAUGAUGGAGUUGGAAAAAUUGAAGAACGAGUUUCAAUCGUCCUCCUCGUCUUCUUCGUCGAGUGAAGAACCGCUAGAUAUGAGUCAAAAAUCAAUGCCUGCUCCACGCUCUACAUCAUCUCCGAAUUCAUCACCAUCGUUUGCUCCUCCAACAGCACGUUCUCCGAUUAGCAACAACUCACCAUCUUCAUCUCCAAAAGCCACAUCACCUGCAUCAUCCCCGAAGGCGAUCUCACCAGUAUCAUCUCCGAAAUCCGCUUCUAAUUCUACUACUGGAACUCAGAUUGCAAGCCCAAGCAAAAAAGAAGAGGCAAAGGAUGAAAUGGAGACGACGAAAGAAAAAACAUCAGAAGGGCACGAAGAAGAAAUGCCACAAGAAGAAAUUGGCACAGAAUCAGAAAAAUCAGAAAAGGAGGAGAGGACAGAUGAGGAGAUGGAAAUUGCUUCUGAAGCUUAG